AACAAUAACCCAGUCAGGGGUAGAUGUGGCACAUGAACGAUGUACCUCCGUAGGGUUAUUUGAGACGGAAUCUGACCUAUUGUGGAGUUCCUCUUUCGCUGGUUUCGUAUAUUAGUCAACAAAGCAUGUGGAUUAUGUGGACUAUUAUUCUGCUCGUUAAAGUAUCGAAUGGUCUGAGAAUCACAUACCUGGAUGUACCUGAGAGUGUUCAAUCGAAGCAGGAAGUCCGACUUGGAUGUAUGUUUGACUUAGAAAAAGACAGCCUCUAUUCCGUCAAAUGGUAUAAAGAUGACUUGGAAUUUUUUCGCUACGUACCAAAGGAAGAUCCACAACGACAGUUCUUUCCCUUAGAUGGCAUUAACAUUGACUUCACCCGCUCCAACAAAGAUGUUGUGUAUAUUCAAGAUGUUCAGAUGUCAACCGGGGGAAGUUACAGAUGUGAAGUGUCUGCUGACGCUCCUUCCUUUAGAACGGUGUCCAUGGAAAAAGUAAUGGCCAUCAAAGUUGAUACAGGUGGAGCAGAGCGAAGUUGUUGUGACAUUAAAAUAUUAAUAAUCCUGUUUCUUCUGAACCUGGCACUAGGAAAUGGAAUUGUAUGUGUCAAUUAACUGAUUAUAAGAUAAAGAAACCUUGAAUUAGCAUUGGUGAAGUGUUAUUAUAAACAUAAUAUAUCGCAGCUAAUAUCAAACUGAUGCCUUCCGUUUACAUUUACUGUUACAUCAAUGCCUCGUCUCGUUUCAAGUGAUAUUUAAAGACUGUGGUUGCUGUGUUCAUUUUCAUACUGUAUCUUGCUAUAAUGUCAAUUUCAGUUCAGUGGUUAUUGCAAUUGUGACUGAUCUUAAAUCUAUGUAUUACUCGGUGAGUUGUUAUAGUCUAUAACUUGGAAAUAUAUGUAAACGUUCUUUUUUUUUUGGUUCAAAAUCUGGCUUACCUCAAAUUCUGUCAGAGAGAGAGAGACAAUAUAUUACGCCAUACAAAUAAAAAAUGACAUUUUACAUUUGAUUUAGAAACUAAAGUAAAAUCUAUAUUUGCAAUGAAGUAAAAAGCUACACAUACUUUAACAAUGAUUUAGAAACUAAAGUAAAAUCUAUAUUUGCAAUGAAGUAAAAAGCUACACAUAU